UCCAUUAUCGCAGGUGAAUAUCAGUCCCUUCCUCCUCCAAAAACCUCUUAAACCCUUCAUUAAGCUUUGAAGCUGAAUUUUACAGAGAGAAAUAAAGGGGGAGCGAGUUACAGGAAAAUGGCGAUUCAGUUUCCGGACGAUUUCAAGUGCCCGAUUUCGCUGGAGAUAAUGUCCGACCCGGUUAUACUCCAAACGGGUCACACUUUUGACCGGGCAUCAAUCCAACGGUGGCUGGACUCCGGUCACCGGACAUGUCCAAUUACAAAGCUGCCUUUGCCGGAACAUCCUUCUCUCAUCCCUAACCAUGCGUUGAGGAGCUUGAUUUCCAAUUAUGCCCUUGUCGCCCCGCUGAAAUCGCAACCGAGUUCGCACGCGGAACCUCAGGCGCUAAUCUCUACUCUCACCGCCAAGUCCUCGUCUCUGGAGUCGAAGCUUGAGUCACUUGUCCAACUCACCAGGCUUUCCAAACGCGACUCGGCGUUUCGAAGGAGGCUAACUGAGUCAGGCGCCGUCCCGGCGGUUCUCUGCUGUGUUGACACGGCCGAUCAGAGUUUGCAAGAGAAAGCUCUUUCGCUGUUGUUAAAUCUCAGCCUCGACGAUGACAACAAAGUGGGUCUGGUUGCGGAAGGAGCAGUUGGUCGGGUCGUGGGUGUUCUACGAGGAGGUUCGCCGGAUUGCAGAGCGCUGGCGGCUACUGUUUUGACGAGUUUGGCUGUUGUUGAAGUGAACAAAGCCACAAUCGGAGUGUAUCCUGAUGCGAUUCGGUCCCUAGUUUCGGUUCUCCGAGACGGCAAAGGCAGAGAGAAGAAGGAAGCGGCGACGGCGCUUUACACCCUCUGUUCCUUCCCGGAUAAUCGUAAGCGGUGUGUGGAUUGUGGAGCUGUGCCCAUUUUGAUCCGGGUUGCGGAUUCUGGCCUUGAGAGAGCCGUAGAGGUGUUGGGUGUAUUGGUUAAGUGUAAAGAUGGUAGAGAGGAGAUGGGGAGGGUUUGUGGUUGUGUUCGGGUUUUGGUUCGGGUAUUAAAGAACGGGACUUCAAGAGGAAUUCAAUACGCACUAUUCACGUUGAACUGUUUGUGUUGUUAUAACCAGGAAAUGUGCCCUGAAGUGAGGAGAGAGGGAGUUUUGGAGAUUUGUAUGGGUUUAAUGGAGGAUGAGAAUGAGAAGGUUAGGAGAAAUGCUUCCAAUUUGGUUCAGACUUUGCGCGGAAAUAGGUUGAUUGGGUGAUUCCAUGUCUUGAGAUCACAAUGUGAAAUGGAAGGGAAAAAGGAUGGGAUGGAUUUACCCUUGAGUGGUUGUUGUUCUUGUAGUCAAUCUGGCUAUGGAGGUGAGUUGGGGUGAAUUUUUGUGUUUACUUACGGGUUAUCUCCAUUUCUCCUUUUGUAGUUCAUGUACAAAAAAAGGAUUAGGAUUUUGUGGGAGGAAAUGGUUUGUGUUUUUUUUUUCUUUUUUCCUUUCUCUUCUUUUGUACAUUUGAAUAAAGAUGACACGGAUGGGAUCCCACUCUGUUCUUUUA